UCCAUCUCUUUUCUGUCUACUACACAACUUCAUCACUCCUCCUCAACACAGAAAUAUGGCCAUCGACCACACCAGCCUCUACGUCCCUGAGGACAAAUUCCAAGAAUGCCUAAACUUCUACCUCACAGCCCUCGAGCCGCUAGGUUAUCGCCUCCGCUACCAAUUUGGCGAGUUCAUCGUCGGCCUCGGAUCCAUCCAUGACGACGUGGGCACUUACCAGAAAGCAGACUUCUGGGUCUUUGGGUCCAAGGCUGUUUCUGAGCGUCCUGCUCACCUUGCGUUUACUUGCCACGAUCAUGAUUCCGUCGAUAAAUUCCACGCGGCUGCCAUGGGAGCCGGUGGUAAGGAUAACGGCACCCCGGGGCUGCGAGCGCACUACCAUCCCGCGUAUUACGGGGCGUUUGUGCUUGAUCCUGCUGGAAACAAUCUCGAGGCUGUCGAUCAUGGGCUUCGUUGA